GGGUGAGACUGCAGAGAGCCAGUCGGUUAACGUUUCUUACCAAUAAUGGAGAAACCUUCCCGGUCGUGUCUGGAGGUAUCCGGACCACUGUUGAUAUCUCGGUUUGAACAUCAUACCUGGCAGAUAUGUCACCUCGUCGGGGGCAUAUUGAGCGCGUGAGCCGAGCUGAAACACGGCCAGCAAACACGCCAACAAACCACCGGCGAACAUCACUGAACCAAACUCACUUCUAAGAGUAAACAAACCCCCACACUACGUCUCUCAACAAGGGGCUGAAACACGAGACUUCUUCGUCGCACUAAACCUCCUCCAACGUCCUUAACUGCAACUCCGCGUGAACCAGUCCAACUACAACAUCAUAUGACUGCUGCUGUGGGCCACGUGACCAGUACCUGACUGUACCGGAAGCCCUGAACAACAAGACACUCGGGUGAUGUCAGAAUGGAGCCUGAAGAUAGCCCACAUAGUCCAGACGGGGAGGCCGUCAUGCCAGACCAGAACCCCAAAUACCAGAGGAGUCUGAGGAGCCUGAACGUGCUGGCCACGAGGUUUGUCAGGUUGUUACAAGAAACUGAAGGCGGUGUGCUGGACCUCAAAGAGGCUGUCAGGGUCCUGGCUGUUGGACAGAAAAGGCGAAUCUACGACAUCACGAAUGUACUGGAGGGCGUUGGUCUCAUUGUGAAAAUGUCCAAGAGCAUUGUAAAGUGGAAGGGUACAAUGCCGGGAAAAAAUGCACAUGAGUUAAACAAGAGAAUGGUAGAGUUAAAGUCUGAGCUGGAGGACUUGGAGCAGAAGGAAUAUAUGUUGGACCAGCAGAAAUUCUGGGUUGAACAGAGCAUCAGGAACACAACAGAAGACUGCAGCAAUCUGACCUAUGUGAAUCAUGAAGAUAUCUGCAGCUGCUUCAGUGGCCAUACACUCUUGGCAGUACGCGCGCCAUCUGGCACACAGCUAGAUGUUCCUAUUCCCAAAGCUGUCCAGAACAGCCCAGCGAAGUACCAGAUUCAUCUGAAAAGCAUCAACGGGCCGAUAGAUGUCGUACUUCUUAACAAGCACUCUGUCGGGUCUGAUCCUGUCGUGUUGCCAGUCCCGCCGUCUGAAGAAAUUUUACGGAACGCCAAAUCAGCGAUGUCCACUUCAGAUGAGACGGAAAGCAGUAACGCACAUUGUCAGGCUUCAGCUAAUACCAAACAAAGCACCAGAUCUAGACAAACGGCCAUGGAGGACAUGCAGCAUCUUCAGUCGUCGUCGUUUCGAAAAGCUGUGCCUAACCGAACUGAUGCAUCUGGAUUGCGAGAUUUAUCAAAAGAACUGGCGGACCUACUACACCCAACCAAAGAAAUAAUGAAUGCAGAUCUAAUCACAGAGCUUAUGGCCUCAGAAGUUUUUUCUCCGCUACUUCGUCUAUCUCCGCCCCCAUCUGAACAUGAAUAUGUCUAUAAUCUGGAUGAGAGUGAAGGCCUCUGUGACCUCUUUGACAUCCCUGUGCUCAAUGUUUGACCAUGAACUCCUGUGUUCAAAAGAUUUUACUCCGGAAAUGUACAUAGUAGUCUGUUUUUAAAUAGUUAUGUGAUUAUAACAAAUAAUAAACAAAUGAUUUUGAA